UGUCACAACAACAAUGUGAUUUGUAAAUGUUUAAUUAAAUUUAAAAUCAAUACAGUGAAGACGAGAAUCAGGUCUAUUCCCUAACAAAAUGCGCUUUAAAAUAUCACUGGCCAAAGAACCUGCACAUAAUGCAUCCGUAACGUGCGUCGGUUGGAGUAGCGCCGAAGAAGUCUACUCCGCCGGGGAAGACAACAAGCUAUUAUCGUGGAGUGUCUCCAAUAACGAGUCCUCCAAAGUAUCUGAAUUCAAUGCUGACUUGUUUCCAACAAGCUUACAUUUUCUUCCUCGAGCUAGCGGUUCACUAGGAAAAUAUGGAGAUUUGAUUUUGUUAACUGCAACGGAUGGUAGAUAUCACAUUGUUAAUCGUAAUGGUAGAAUUGAAAGAACAGUGGACGCACACAAAGGUGCAAUUUUAAGAGGCGAAUGGAGUCACGAUGGCGCAGGAUUACUAACAGCUGGUGAAGACGGUUUUAUUAAGAUUUGGUCAAGGGGAGGUAUGCUAAGAUCAACCGUAGUUCAAAGUGAUCAUUCCGUUUACGAUGCAUGUUGGUCUCCUGAUAGCCAGGCCAUUUUAUACACACACGGAUGUUUUAUUAUUAUUAAGCAGUUGACACCUAACAUUAAACCCGUCAAGUGGCGAGCUCACGAGGGGUUAGUUCUAUGCUUAUCGUGGAGUUCGGCAUGUGAGUUAAUCGUUUCGGGAGGGGAGGAUUGUCGAUAUAAGGUGUGGGAUAAUCAUGGCCACUGUUUAUAUUCGAGUUCUUUGCAUGAUCAACCUAUAACUGCCCUAGCUUGGUCGCCGAAUGGAGAUCUGUUUGCUGUGGGCUCUUAUAAUACAUUGCGAUUGUGCGAUUUUCUGGGGUGGUCCCGAUCGUUGGAUAAGCCACACACCGGUUCCAUAUAUAAAUUAGAUUGGUCAAAUGACGGAACUCAAUUAGCUGCAGCUUGCGCUAACGGUCAUGUACUACUUGCGCACGUGAUCGAGAGACAAGUUCAUUACUUAAACUACAGUGCGACAGUUCAAGAUAAGAAAACUGUAAUUGUCCAUAACAUAUCUGACGACACUUCGGAAUUGUUGGAGUUGCCGGAGCGCGUCAUGCAACUUUCACUUAAGUACACGAAUUUGGUUAUAACCACCCCUUCGCAGUGUUACAUUUAUAAUAGUAAUAAUUGGAGUACUCCAAACAUUUUUGACUUGAAAGAUGGUUCUGUAGUACUGUUAUUAUUGAGUGAGAAAAAUUUACUGAUCAUCGAACGAAGUUCGGCUUCAGUUUAUAAUUAUCAAGGUAGAUUAAUUGCAUCACCACGUUGGCCAAACAUGAGGCUUGAUAUUCUUCGAAGCGCUCAUGUCAGCUUGUCCAAUGACACUCUGGCGGUACGCGAUACGUCAGAUUUAAGAACAAUCUACAUUAUGGAUUUGGCAUCGAGUCGAAAUAUAUCAGAUACCACCAUUACCAUACAACACACAAGGCCGGUUAUGCAAAUAGCGUUGGACCAAGCAAGCAUACCCUCCCAGCAGUAUUUAGCCAUUCUAGACCGAAACAAAGAUUUGUUCCUCACACAAGCUCGAUCACACAGAAAUUCUUUGAAGCUAGGAAACCAAAUGCAAUCUUUUCAAUGGAAUACUGAAGAAAAUAUGCUGGCGGCGAUACAGGAUAUCUAUGUGAUCAUAUGGUACUUUCCGACUGCUUGUUUUAAUACAGCCCUUUUGAAUAUGUCAUCUUUAGAAUACAAUUCGCCUGAACUAGGUCGUGGUCCUCGAAUUAAUUACUUCAUUGGAAACUUUGUGUCGAUUCGAAGAGCGGAUGGUUCUCUAAUAAACAUCCCCAUAUCUCCAUUCCCUUCUCUUCUUCACAGGCAUAUACAAAAUAACAAGUGGGACGACGCGCUACUACUAUGCAGAUUAAUUAAAGAAAAAAUAUUAUGGACCGGUUUAGCCGUACUAGCUACGCAGUCUAACAAUAUAGAUUUACUAGAAAUGGCAGCGGAGGCUUUUUCGGAAAUUCGGCAGUACGAUAAGGUCUACUAUAUUGAUCACAUAAAAACGCUGCCAAGCAAGGCUCAACAAAUGGCAGCGACGUCGUUACUAGGCGGAUCUUUACAAAAUGCCGAAUCAAUUUUGUUGCACAACGGCCUGGUGUAUCAGGCAAUUUUGAUAAAUACUCAGCUGCAUCAAUGGAAUAGAGCGUUAGAAUUGGCUGUGAAGCAUAAAACUCACACAGAUACUGUCAUAUAUCUAAGAGAAAAAUAUUUAAGUGCCUUAAACAAAGAAGAAAAUAAUCCUCAGUUUAUUAAUAUCAGAAAUACAACUAACGUGGAUACCGAAAAAGUUGAACAUCGGUUGAUGGAGGAAAUCUUAUGAGGAUCUGCGGAAAAUGUUUUUUAAAAAAUUAACUGUUGAAAUAGCUUUAAACUCCAGGAUUUGUUUUAAUUUAAAAGUGUAGGUUGUAUUUGUUAACUGCUGUUAGAACAGGAUCUCUGUUGUUAAAUUGAG